UAGAAGACCCAAAUGCCAUGUUGCAAUACUAUACUGCUAUAGAGGGUUUUCACCUACGUCAUGUUCUGGGCAGUAACCUGGAUGAGCGGCCAUAUUGGAGGCACUCGAAGGUAAACACUUCAAUGGAUCAAUGUCUGAAACCACAGAAAAGCUCCUCAAAAUGCGUUAUAGAUGCAAAGGCAUACAGGGAAGGACUUGGUCCACAGGAAAGGCCACGAUAUUUGGAAAAGUUAAGGUUUAUUGGUGGUGCAGAUCCAUACGAGUUGGCUCCUUCGUCUUGGAUCAAUGACAACCCGGAGAGUCUUGUGUCUAUUGCACAUCCUGAUAUCGUCAACUACCUGGUUUUCUCGCCAAGCCCAUACACAGCGGAGGACCUUAAAUCUUUUAAAAGUUUGGAGGCCUAUAACCAGAUGGUGUGUGGAUGGGUGAGGGAGAUGCAGUAUCAAGUCAUCAGCGACAGAUGUGUUGUGAAUGCCAAAAUACUCCAUUCUCAAUCAAUCCGAGCAACACCCCUGGAUCCCUGGAUAAUCGCUGAGAAGUCUGGCCGGAUACUUGGAGCCCGCUGUACAUGCAUGGCGGGCCUCGGAGAGACGUGCACACAUGUUGCUGCAUUGUUGUUUCUCAUUGAAGAAACAGUGAAGUUGAGAGACUCAAAGACAGUGACUCAAGAAACGGCAUAUUGGCUGUUACCUACUGCAUCGUCAAAGGUGGAAUUCUGGGAAUGCCGGAAGAUUGACUUCACUGUAACAAAGAGACCUCAAGUAAGAGUUGGCAAGAUGAAAUGUGCUGCUCAUGGACAGUCAUCUGAGGAACAAAGCUAUGCACUUCAGGGACUUUUAAUGUUAGUGAGAUAUUGUAAUGCAAUAAAAAACAGACAUUACAUACAAAAUUGUGUUUACAGUUAUUUAAUUGUACUAUAGUAUAUACUAUAUGCUAUAAUUUAUAGUACUGUAUAGUUUAUAAGCUAAGUGUUCUGAUAACUGUGCGGGUUUCCUUUAAUAAAUCUGUUCAGAUGAAAGUGUUAUGCUGUGUGUUCUCUUCCACAUUACAAUAACAAUGACUGAACAAAGACUGUAUAUGUCUUUGUUUAGUUUGUAUGUACUUAAUAGUCAAUUAUGAAUAAUUUUAGGCUAUAAUAUAGUCCAGACUGGUUGAUAUUUUUGACAGUGAAUAAAAAAAAAGUACUUCAGUCAAAAUCAACAAUUGAUGGGCAAAGGUUCACCAGAGCACAACAGACAAGUCCAAUCUUAUCAGUGGUACAAUAACCAUCAUUAUCUUUGCACAUCAAGAAAUCAAUUGGCAGC